GUGGUUUUCGUACUUGGCGGGCCAGGUGCAGGGAAAGGAACUCAGUGCACCAACAUCGUGAAGGAGUUUGGAUGGUGCCAUCUUUCAGCUGGCGACCUGCUGAGGGCAGAGAGGGCGACUGGCUCGGCAAACGCCGAGCUCAUCAACACCUACAUUAGGGAAGGGAAAAUAGUGCCAGUGGAAAUCACUGUCAAGCUCCUGCUAGCAGCGAUGGAGAAGAGCGAGACGAAGAAAUUCCUUAUCGACGGUUUCCCGAGGAGUUUGAACAACUAUGAGGGAUGGUACGAUGUCGUUGGAGAUGAUGUUCACGUUGCAUUCUGCCUAUUCUUUGAGUGCCCGGAGGAAGAGCUUGAAAGAAGGCUCCUUGCGCGAGCUCAGAGUAGCGGACGAGACGACGACAACAUCGAAUCUAUCAGAAAAAGGUUCAAGAUUUUUAUUGAAGAAACAAUGCCAGUCAUCGACAAGUUCAAAGCGAAAGACCAGCUCAAGUUGAUUUCUUCCGUUCAGUCUAUCGAGGAAGUUUGGGGGCAAACGAAGUUGCUCUUCAAAGAUUUGUGA